AUAGCGGGAAACACCCUCAGUGUUGAGUGCGUCGAGACCUUGGCGGUUCGCGGAUUUGUGGCGUUACCUCUGUCGCGGUCAUGUUCAAAAGCUCUUAACUCACGCAGAUGCGAUGUGUGUGGUUGAGACGGUGCGGGCGUGGCUGUUGUCGGCGCUGGUGGUGCACGUGGCCGUAGCUGGGAACCCGGACGCCAAGCGCCUCUACGACGACCUCCUCUCCAACUACAACAAGUUGGUACGACCCGUCGUCAACACCACCGAUGUCCUCCGCGUUUGCAUCAAGCUCAAGCUCUCCCAGCUCAUCGAUGUGAACCUGAAGAAUCAAAUUAUGACUACAAACCUAUGGGUUGAACAGUCAUGGUACGAUUACAAACUUCGCUGGGAACCCAAAGAGUACGGCGGGGUUCAUAUGCUCCAUGUGCCUUCGGACCAUAUCUGGCGACCAGAUAUAGUCCUUUAUAAUAACGCUGACGGGAACUUCGAGGUGACCCUGGCGACGAAAGCGACCAUUUAUAACCAGGGCCUCGUCGAGUGGAAGCCGCCGGCAAUUUACAAGUCUUCGUGCGAGAUAGACGUCGAGUAUUUCCCGUUCGACGAGCAAACCUGUGUCCUCAAGUUCGGCAGCUGGACCUAUGACGGAUUUAUGGUUGAUCUCCGACAUAUGGACGAGAAAGUUGGUUCCAAUAUCGUCGAGGUGGGAGUCGACCUCUCGGAAUUCUACAUGUCCGUCGAAUGGGACAUUCUAGAAGUUCCUGCCGUCAGGAACGAAAAAUUUUAUACUUGCUGUGAUGAACCUUACCUAGACAUAACUUUUAAUAUAACAAUGAGAAGAAAAACGCUCUUCUACACUGUCAAUAUAAUAAUUCCCUGCAUGGGAAUCUCAUUUCUCACCGUCCUAACUUUUUAUUUGCCUUCAGAUUCUGGAGAAAAAGUUACCUUAUCGAUAUCCAUUUUGAUUAGUCUCCAUGUGUUCUUUCUCCUGGUUGUAGAAAUCAUCCCCCCAACCUCUCUAGUUAUACCACUCUUAGGAAAAUACCUCAUAUUCGCCAUGAUACUUGUUUCGAUAAGUAUCUGCGUCACCGUUGUUGUUUUAAACGUUCAUUUUCGGUCUCCCCAGACGCACAAAAUGGCGCCUUGGGUCAAAAGAGUAUUUAUACACAUAUUGCCAAGGCUUCUCGUCAUGCGGAGGCCGCAAAAUCCCGAAGGGGUACCCAAGAUAAACUGCGGGCCCAUAACGUCAACAAGGGCAACGAAAGGCAAGGAAUACGAGAUGUACUUUUACCCUCGCCAUACGAGCCUCGAAGAUCUUGCCAAGCUGCCUAAACUGCCCAAAUUCAAUGAUGACGGAUUCUAUGACUCCAAAGAACAACAUUCUUCAGGAAGUUUGAUGGACGGGCCUCUGAGCGGGAGUUGUCAGAUCCACGGACCAAUCACGAGUAGCCUGAUGUCGGAGGAGCUCUCGCUGACCCCGACGCCGGACGAUGGGAAGAGCCCGGUGCUUCGGAAUCCGGCCUUCUCGCAUUCCAAGUGCCCGCCGAUCGUCCACAGGUCCUGCUUCUGCAUGCGAUUCAUCGCCGAGCACACCCGCAUGAUCGAGGAGUCCACUAAGGUAAAAGAGGAUUGGAAGUACGUGGCGAUGGUGCUGGAUCGGCUGUUCCUCUGGAUAUUCACGCUGGCUGUGAUCGCAGGGACGGCAGGGAUUAUCCUCCAGGCGCCAACGCUAUACGACGACCGGAUACCCAUCGACAAGCGAUUCGCAGAGGUGGCCAUGUCUCAACCCUUCAAUCCCUGCCCGCCACCGAAAUAGAUGGUCAACAGUGCACGGCGACGGGUUGAUAGACGCUCUCUCAGCACAAUCCCGAGGCCCUGAAGCUUUCAAAUUUUUAUACGUUGUAAUAUUUGUUUUGUACAUUUGCUGUAUUUAUAAGCUGAGACUUUUUACUUUCACAUUAUUGACAUGUAUGAGUUGUGUCAGGUCAUUUUGUACGAUUUCAAUUAGUGGCAGAGGAAACUUAAACAAAAAUAACGCUCCACUAAUCUUCGUACUUACCUACAUUUUACUGCGCAUUUUGAGCCGAAAAAAAUGUUUUACGCCUAUACCUUGUUUCUUGGAGGCAGAAUUUGACAACAUUUUUAGAGCCGUGAAAACUCCGGUAGACGAUCGGUAUUUAUUGGAUGACCCACGUCCAUUAGGCGAUAAUCUUUGUUUUCGGAAAAUUUUUUGAUCGAAAUAACUAUCAGAUUCUUGUGUAUCAGUAGAUUUUGAGCAAGAAUUAAUGAAAUAUUUGAACAACGCCUAUUUUCCUACGUAUUGCCUACUUCAUGAUAAUUUUGCAUGAAAAAUUGUAAUUUUUAUGGAAAAAUUACAAUUUUUGGUUCUAUUCAUCAAUAUUCAUAUCGAAGCUAAAGUCACUGCCUAACAAGAUGAAGAAGAUAAGAUUACACGGCAAAAUUUCUAAAGCGUUUCUUGGCAAGAAGAAUGUUCUCAUGGGCCUCCAAUAUUUUUUCAUGGUACUUAUGCAUUUUUACUGAGACUCAAGUAAGGGUGUCUUUAUGAUCAUUUAUUUUUCACCCUAAAAUCUUAUACCUUUUGGAAUUCAAGAUUGAAUGUUAUUUAUGCAUCAUUAUAAUUGCUGCUGGUUUGUUGUAAAAUAUGCAUAUUCAACGAAAUUUGUUUAAGAAAAACUAGAUGUACAUUUGCAGCAAAGAGUCUGCUUGGAAUGAUCGUACAAUAAGUACAAGGAACAAACUUAAAGUCAAUCGACGGGGUUGACAAGGUUUCAAUAUUGUACAGCUUUUUCUUUUCAUUAGGUAGUUUUCAAAUUUGCUCAAGUAUUUUAAUCAAAUAACUCCUCACUAUCUGUUCUGCAAUUUUUCUAUAUUUCUCCGUCAAGAACUUUAAUUGGAUUAAAAAAUAAGAAAGGGGAACUA